AUGGCAGCGUGGCAGAACUCCAGACCGCCUUCCGGUGCAAUCGCCUAUGACCGCCGGCAGCGGUUCGCCCUCCCGCGCGGUGAGCAACCGCGAGCUGCGCUUUGCUGCACACUCCCACUUCACAUGCUCCACAAAGCGAUACUCUUAUCACCAGAUAUUACUGUGCCUCUCGCAGCUGGGAGAGGUCCUACCGCCACUCGGACUAUCCUAGACACUGCCCUCGGCGCCUGCGCAGCCGCAGCGAUUUUGACCCUUCUCCGCGCCCAGCGCCCAGCGCCCUCCACCCUCAACCACGCCUCUUCAACAGACGACGACGCGGCACACGGUAUGGAUACUGCCCUGCGAGCUACAGUGGAGAAGGACGAGCAGCGCCGGCCUUCGCCCAUGACCACCCCCACCCGCCGGCCUGAGGUCGAGGAGCUGUCUCCAGUCACGCGUCCUGGGCCUGCGAAAGCCGCUACAACGAUAAUCUCAGCCGUUCCGGCACCGACCAUGAUGAUCACAACAGACCCCAUCGGCGCUGCCGAGGUCUUGGGUGCUUUCGACGACCACCCCGAUGACCGCUCGA